AUGGCCUCCCUAUUCACUUUCUCCACUUUGCUUAGCCUCGCGCUUGCUCAGACAACAACGAUCAAGCUGCCGUUCAUUGGCUAUGACGACAUGACCAUCCAUGCCUCUGUUGUCUCUGCGAAACCGUCGCAGACAGUCUUCGCACUCGCGUGCCCAACCGGCACAGACGGGAGUGAAUGCGGAUUAUUCCCUCAACAACUCCUAACAUACGGACCUUCGAUCUACGUUAUGGACAUGUCUGAACCAGGAGACGAAGACUUCAGCAUGACCCAAGACUGCAGCAUCGGAGUUGCCACGGCUACUUGCAAGGAGAGCGCAAGUGGAAGCGAGGCGAAUUUCCCUGGGAGCAGCACCGAGACAUACGAAGACAUCACGCGUCUGCCUGUGACCAUCACCGCCGGCGCAGAGAAAUUGGCUGCAAGCGCGGAUGCUACGCCAACACCGGAUGCAAGCUCGAAAGGAAGCUCGAGUGCUGUUGCGACUACAGGUGGCUCGGCGAGUGCUACAAUGGCGACUUCUACGCGGGCCGGAGCUUCGGCAUCGAACAGCAGUUCUGUUGCACCGGCAGAGAGCACUGGUGCAGCUGAUCGGAGCAUGGGAUCGAAUGUUGGACUGGUGGGGGUGGCUGCUGCGGGUGUGUUCGCUGGAUUGUUGCUGUAG